GAAAUUAAAGAUGGAGGUCAAAGUUUCAAAAAUCUUUGAAAAGUACAAAACAUGGGUCUGCAGCAGCCAUGAAACGACCAGUCAGUUCGAAUCAACUGUGCGGAUACUUUCCUAUGCUAUAUCAGCGAGGUCGGAAGAUUCUGUGCUGUCUGAACUGUUAUAUUCUGCAUCCAAUCUACUGGUCCUACUCAAUCACUCAAUUCUGAGACAGACUGCUAGACUGAAGGAAAAUGUGCCGCUACCUCAAAAACGCAUUGAGAUGUGCCUGGCCAUUAUUGAGUACAGUGAAGUAUUUCUAGAACUGGCCACUCGCAAGCUGAGGGGCAACAGCGGAAAAUGGCUGAUGAUUGUCUGUAUCCACAUAGCAAAGUCUGCAUUGAGAUUACUUCUCCUCCUUAAACACAAGUCUGGAAUACAAGCCAGUCCAGCUGUACCUCUGCUAAAUCGCAAGAAGGAACUGGAUGAAAAAGCACAACAAACUGACUUGAGCCUGGAGCCAUUUCUGGCCUCAAGUGCAGACCCAGACAAGAAAGCUCCAGAUACAUUCACAUUGAAGAGGUCGGGGAAAGUUGUCAGAACACUAAGUGCAACUCCACCCCUGAACUACAGAUCCUGGCAACUCCCCGAGGAACCACUCAAGGAGACUAGUAAAAAGCAGCUGAACUUUGAUACAUCCCCCACACCUCUGAAUAAACACAGGCUGUGGGCUGAGGGACUGCAUAUCUCCAGACCUCUUAUACACUUGUUGAGUUUGUACAAAUUUGGUCUAAAAUCCUGGAAGCCUUGGUUGUUGGCAAGUGCAAUAGAUAUCAGCAGUUUGUUUAUGAUUGGAGACCCCGAUGAUUUGACCCCCAAGGAACGUGUGGAAUUAAAGCGUAGAUGUUACAUGCUGUUGUUAUACUUGCUCAGAUCUCCCUUCUAUGACAAGUAUUCAAAAAUGCGUAUUGCUCUCCUUAUGCAGGUGAUAGCUGCUUAUGUCCCAGGUGCCAGGUAUAUUGUAGGCCCAUUGCUGAACUACUUACCAACUUGGCAAGGUAUAUACGGAUAUGUUUGGGCCACGUAACCUCAUGGAUGGGAGUACAUAGGCAAUUUUGAUGAUGGAUUAUUAUUCAAAUGUGAUGUUCAUCUGUGAUGAAGUUACGAAUGAAUUCAUCAUAAAGUUGAUGAAUUGACUUUCAAACAAACUAACUACCAAAGCUUUCCCUACAUCAUUUUCUUCAAAAUUAUCGCCAACACUUUUAAGUAUGAUAGCAGAUGGGUGUUCAUGAUGGUGCAACUCUGUUUUCAAAAUGUUUCGUGGAUACAGGAAUGCUGUGCUUCAGCACUUCAGCACUGGAAAGAUCAGUACGGCUUCAAAUGAUGACAAAUUAUGACAAAUAUGAAUGCUAAAAAAUAUUAUUCUGGGACUCAUUUUACUCCAAUGCUCUUACUAAUCAAUAGUACACAGUAAAACCUGUCUAAUCUUAACGCCACUGGGACUUGUCAGGCCCGUAGCCAGGAUUUGCCAAGGGGGGUUCAGUUUUCAAAAAUUUCCAGGGGGGUUCACAUUUGACAGUUUUGGCCCAAAUAUGGCUAAAAUCACUUGAGUAUUGCUCA